AUCUCAAUCUUCAAUGCGUAGUCUGAUACGGGCUUAAUACUGUUGAUCCUAUCGAAUAAUGAAGUUUGUUGAUAGAUAUGACAUACAAAAGUUGUAAAAUAUUAUUUAUAUAAAUACGUUUCUAUAUAUUUUUUGAAUAUGGCAUUAAUUUUAAGUGUUUGUGCUCAAAAAAGACUUUUCAUUGAAAAUUUCAGUAAUUUCAGACGCGCUCUAAUCGAUAUCAUGUAUAACGGUUGCACCGUUGAGAAGUAUUCCACGGCGUAUAAUGUCAAGUAUUUUUCAACAAAGAAUUAUCAGGAAACUUCUACUAAAAAAACCGAAAUUUAUUAUGGAAUUUUAACAAGACAAAUUAGAGCUCUCAAAAUUUUUUCUCUAUUGACAUCCACUGGUGGUUUAUUGGCUCAGCCAUUUCUUUAUUCAAAAGCCAUUGAAAGUGGUAAUACAGGAGCGGUUUUAGGAAUAUUUGCAUUUAUUGGAUUUUUGACUGUAACUACUCCUUUAUUAAUACAUAUAAUAACAAGAAAAUAUGUAACGCACUUGUAUUACGAUGCAAAAGAAGAUAAAUAUAUUGCAAAAACUUAUAGUCUAUUUGUUCAGACAAAAGAGCUUGUAUUUACGCCAGACGAUGUAGUAGUACCAGAUGUGACUGGCAUGUUCACAAGUUGUAUUAUAAAAGGUAUUCCUUUAUUUUUAGAACAAAAGUUUUUCCAUGAUUCUACUCACUAUAUACGAAUAAUGGGAUAUGAUAAGCCAGUAGAUUUUAAAUUAAGCAAUAAGAACACUCUUAAUCAGACCAUUACAAUGGACACUGAAUAUAAAGGUCAUAUAAAUAAAAAAUAAUUCUGACAUUUGAACAAACAUUAUUUAUUCCUUAGAUUUUUCCUUAGAUAUAUAUUAUUUAUUCUUCAGAUUUUUUGCAUGAAAAAUUUAUACAUAACUAAAUAUUCUGUUACAACCUGUUAAUUAAAAAGUAUUUACAUUGCAAUGUUAUAUCGAAAUUGUAUACUGAAAAAUACAGAGAAUAUCAGAAUAGUUAUAAUGCAAGACAUUUUCAAAUUUAUCAGUGUCAGAAAUAAACUAAAUCAGA